GCUUCGCUUCGGGAGCCGCUGCGGCUGACGCGUCCCCUCCGGAGGGCUCCGGAGCGCGGCGGCGGGGCAGGAGCCCGAGCCGGGCAGCCGCUCGUCUCCGCCGGCGUCUAACAGGUUGAGCGGGCGCCGGAGGGCAGGCGUUGUGGCCAGGGCGGGCGGCGCUGCGCCGGGGAGCGCCCAGGCGCGCGCGGAGACGCCGUCGAGUGACCUGUUGGUUGGUUCUUCUCCCCUCUGCGGCUCGGCAAGUCCGGCGAGCGAGGCGAGCGGGGUCUUGAGCGGGGCCCGGCGGCAGGCGAGGCGCGGCGAGGCGAGGCGAGGGGUGCCCCCGGGCAGCCCCGUCCCGUCCCCGAGCGCCCAGCGCGCCCCGCUCCGUCGGGUUGCCGGGGCCGGCCUGCCGCCGGCUCUGCUCUUUUGCGGGGAGGCGAGAGCAGCAUGCUGGGGGCUCCCCCCGCAAGCAGCCCCCGCAGCCCCGCUGUGUGACCCUCCAGGGUGGCGGCCAUGGCAGCAGCCAUCGCCAGCUCCCUGAUCCGCCAGAAGAGGCAAGCGCGGGAGAGGGAGAAGUCCAACGCCUGCAAAUGUGUCAGCAGCCCCAGCAAGUCCAAGACCAGCUGCGCCGACAAGAAGAAGCUCAGCGUCUUCUCGCGGGUCAAGCUCUUCGGCUCCAAGAAGAGGCGGCGGAGGAGACCAGAGCCGCAGCUUAAAGGCAUUGUGACGAAACUCUACAGCAGGCAAGGGUACCACUUGCAGCUGCAAGCAGAUGGGACUAUCGAUGGCACGAAGGAGGAGGAAAGUACCUAUACUUUGUUUAACCUCAUACCUGUGGGUUUACGAGUGGUGGCGAUUCAAGGCGUUCAAACAAAAUUGUACUUAGCAAUGAAUAGUGAAGGAUACUUAUACACAUCGGAACAUUUCACGCCGGAAUGCAAGUUCAAAGAAUCAGUUUUUGAGAAUUAUUACGUUACUUACUCAUCCAUGAUCUACAGGCAACAGCAGUCUGGAAGAGGCUGGUACUUGGGUCUUAAUAAAGAAGGUGAAAUCAUGAAAGGAAACCAUGUGAAGAAAAACAAACCUGCAGCACACUUCCUCCCCAAACCAUUAAAAGUGGCCAUGUACAAAGAACCCUCCCUUCACGAUCUUACAGAAUUUUCACGGUCUGGCAGUGGAACCCCAACAAAAAGCAGAAGUGUCUCAGGCGUCCUAAACGGUGGGAAAUCCAUGAGCCAACAUGAAUCGACGUAGCCAGGUUGCGGGGGGGCAAGUGGAGAGAUGCAUCAAUGGAACCUUACCUCUGGAAUUGCAGUUGAACCUUUCCUUAGCAGUCAAUCAUCCAAACGUUCUGUUCCAGACAAGCCGCCGAACUUGCAUAGGGUCAUGUGUCUUAUCAGCCAUUAGACCUGGUUGUUUAAAAAAAUAUUUUUUUUAAGGAAAGAUCCAAAUAGCAUAGAAUGUGCUUGUGAAAUCUUACAAGGAUAGUCAAACAAACAUAACUUGCGGCAUAAAAUUGCAGAGAAAAAAAUAUCCAUCUCACUCGCUCCUUCCGUCUAAUCUCACCUACGCUUUGUGAAAAAAAAGAAAAAUAAUUAAGAAGCAGAAAAUGUGUUCAUGGCCCUUACUGCUGAUCUGAAUUUGCUUCCUAACCAAGAAAGAAAUCCAAUCAAAGACCACUUUUUGCUCCUUCAAGGGAAAUUUUAAUGCUUAAUAUUUUUUCUAUAUAGCAUUAGAGGGGCUAACAAACAAAAAUUGUAAACUCUAUGGUUUUCCUGGCUUACCAUUUUAUAUCAAUUAAGGCUUGAUGAGAGAAAAAAAACCCAAUGUAUUCUUUUUAAUUUGGGAUAGUGGAACUUUUUGAUUUCUUAAUUCCAAUGGGUCUUCAAAGCUGUGUCUUUACAAAACAGAUAUAAUGCUAAUUAUUAUUAGAAUACUAGGGGGGAGAUCAGAUUUUGGAGCUGAGCAUUGAAGUCCUGGGCUCCCGUGAACAGUGUUCUUGUGAUUUUAACACACUGAAAUAUAUAUACAGUUUUUUAUAGAUUUGUAGUAAUAAAGUCCUUGUGCUGACCUGAGUCUGUAGGAACCAAGAUGUUAUGUUAACCCAAGUCAGUGGAAGAUUCGUUUUUUUUUUUUUAAGGGAUACAAUUAUUCCCCCAUGCAGAUUUUCUUUCUUCCCCCUCGUAUUUCUCUCUCUCGAUUACAUUUUGUGUAUCGUAUUCAAAAACUAUCGUCGUGGCUUCUUUUCUAAAAAGACAGAAACUGUGGAAUUAAGGUGACUUACAAUUUUUUUAUAAGAAAAUGUCUUAUUUGUAAAAUUCCUUUCACGUGUACUGGAUACAUGAAAUUUGAGUAGAAGGAAGCAUUAUGACACACACUCUCAAAACAUGUUGAAAAAUAAAAUGCGGGACACGGCCCAGUUCCUUUCACCUGUUGAGAGAAGGUUGCUGUGGGGGGAAAUGUAGUGUAGCCUUCCCCCAAAAGAGGAUAAAGUCACUGGAUAAUUACAGGAGAGGCGUGAGACCAUCUUGGCAUCCCAAGAAUGGCUGGCCAUGAGCACUGAAAUGAGCCUGGAACAGCACGGGCACGCCCAAUAUGGCAGGGGAGAGACACGGUAUAUUCCCAUCUGGAUCCCUAAAUGGCCCCUUUCCUUCCUGGUGGAGAAGGGUUUGGAUCAGGCCCUCCCCUUCUUCCUUUUUUUUUUUUAAAAAAAAGCAAAAGUAAAAUCUUUUGUUAGGUUUCCAUUUAGUUCAUCAUAUCCGUUGCAUGGAAGAAAGUUGGAAUAUUGGCUUAAGAGUUGCAUGACAUGUAAAAGAGUUUUGUGCAUUGCGCUCUGUUGGCAUCUGUUGCAGAUUAUGUACAAAGCUGACCUGGUUCGGUACAAACCGUUCCCUGCUGCUUUGGACAGAGGAGAUGUUUAUUAUUUGUUGUAUACGACCAUGCACUGAAUAAACUAUUUAUAGUAAGAUGUA